AGUCGGUGGCAACCCGGCGUCUUCGAAACGAUUGUGGUUUCGAACGCUCUCGGAAUGCAGCAGAGCUACACACUCAAAGCGCUCGACCAAGUUACCGGUCCGUGGUCGUCCCAGAGCCUCUUUUGGAUGCCACUCAACGACUUGUACUGCGGUAUGACCAUGAACCGGAGCUUUGUCCGGGGCACGAGUCGCUUCUUUGGCGCCAACAUCAGCGCCUUGCCCGCCAUCAACUUGGAGGCGUGGCAAGGCAUCAAAGUCCUUUCAGGCGUCACCAAGGCCUUGCACGAGUCGCUCGGGCCCUACCUGUCGAUCGAUAGUCUCUACAUUGCACCACCAAAUGCACUCGUGUCGGCCGUCAGUACCUUUCAACAUACGUUGCGAACAGAGCUCGACGGGUCGACCUACGGAAGAGCAGAGCUACUCGAACUCAGCGUCAACCCGCAACCAUUGCUAUGGCGAAACCUUACAUUCUACGGCGGUGACCCGUCGUGCACGUCGUCGUCCUCGUCGUCGUUUGUGCAAGAUCAAUUUGGGUUUUUCAACGACUGCACCCGUGUCAUUCCCUUUGGCCUCAUAUUGACCGAGGCUCAUCUCCUCUGGGCAGCGUGGGUCACUGCGCAGCCUCUGCCGUCCUCCAUCUGCACGUACUCGACAGCGAUACAUUGCGUUACGUCCAUAGCGGCUGCCACGUCACUGCAAGCCAACCUCCCCCCGCUACCAGAUGCUUUGGUAUCUACCCUACGUGCAGCGACGCAGGGCGUGAAUAUCAUGCAGUUUGCGUCAUCUUCCAACGCGACCAUGCAGCUCCUGACACAGCCGCUGCUACCUCAUUCGGACAAGGACGAUGAUGUAUGGACGGUUUUUGGGUGGUGUCUUCUGCAUGACUGGGCGAUGGGGACGCGCGAAGUCGUAUCGUUUCAAGGCGACGUCGCGUCGAUGACGCUUCUCUCGUCUGCCUACGACAGCCAGGCGCAUGUGACCAGCAACGCGGCGCUGCAAGUGGCAACGAGCCACCUCUACUACGUCGUGCUGGCCUCGUCGUGUGUCUUGGUCGUCCUCGGUGGCAUCUUGCUACUGCAUGCGAUACACUGCGGGUUUCGCCUCCACAGUAGCAACCUCUGGCGCUUCAACCGGCUCGCAGGCGGUGUCUGGCUCGGUCGGGCGCUCAUGGCCUUCCGCGGCCUCACCGCCCUUGUCCUUCAAAGCACAUCGCAGCUGGCAUUACGUCGUCAGAACAGCGAUUCGUUCUUAGUGUUAGCACCGCGGUCCUGGCUCGAUACCGCCAUCGUGGCCAGUGAAGCGACGUGGCUGAGCUACAGCCUGCACGAACUCCUCUUAGUCGGCUGGCCAAACGCAAUCGUCACCUAUGGGCCAACCGCGAGCUUGGCGCUGUGGGUCGUUCUGUGUGCGCUUGACGUCGCGCUGCCCGUCCUUCCGGUGGCCUCGAUACAGCGAACGUGCGUUGGGAAUGACAUGGACUAUGGACUUGCGUGCUCGGCUGGCAGCCUCGAGGUCGGUAGCCUUGCGCGCUUCCUUUUCCUGCUUGGUCUUGAGCUCGUUGCGGCUAUCGUGCCCGCGGUUCUAGGUGGACGGCGACGCCGGCCGCCAUCGGCGGCGCACCAAAGCCUCUUGCUCCCGGCGGUAAGUCAAGCCUUCUUGGUACCAGUCUCGACGCACGGCUCGACCAUCACGGUGGACAAAGCGAGCUGCGUCCUUGUCGGACUUCUUCCGUUUCGCUGGUUUGGUGUACGCUACGUGUUUGCGUUGCGCUCGUGGACGCUUCUGCUCGACUCGACGUCGAUCGGCGAUGUGGUGCUUCUUGAAGGCCACGCACCGAACGCAGGCGCUGCGCCAAUGGUCGCUGACGACGCGCCGGGCCCGACACGACUGCUGUACCGCGCUCGGCGCGUUGUCGCGGCCGCUGGGUUUGUCUACAUGGUCUCGUCCAUCGUGAGCUCGGUCUCGUUCCUCGAAAUUUCCCGUGUCAACUUGUCCAAUGAUUUUUUUUGGCCCAACUUCAACGUCACGGGCCACCACGCUCGCAUCGGCGGAGGGAGCCUCCUUCGCAACAGCGCGCGUUUUGCUUUCCAGAAUACGACGCUGCAAGUCGUGCUCACAGACUCCAAGGUCCUCAACGCACCGCUCAGUGCGGGCUUGUCGCUGAUCACGCACGAGCUCGGGCCCUUUGGUGUCAUUGACACGGUCUAUAUGCCCGUCCCGACGCUCGUGAGCGCGCUGGUCCGGGCGAUUCUGCGUGCUACGCGGUCGGUCAUCGCAGCCAAUUCGACCGCGCAAGCCGACUUUCUAAAGAUUGCGACUCUCAGUGCGUCGUACCCGAUUCCGCGCAUUUGGGGUGGCCCCAACUAUGCGUCGUUUGGUGGCUCACCGCUCUGCGCCGAGUAUUCCAACGGCCAACCGGUUGGCACCGCAGGCUUUUCGAGUCUUCCAUCAUUUGACUUUCCAUGCUCGUCGUCGUCGUCGGCCAUCGCCCGCAUCAUCCCGACACGCCAGCACUAUCUCACUUCUGCCGUGCUAUCGGGGUUAGGGUUCAAAACCGCUUCGCAAAUCGACGUGCCACGGACCUGUGUGUACGACGCCAACAACAAGGCGGCGUGUGCCGCUUACGUCACCAAAACCCUCGUAUUUGUGACGACGUACUUGACGGGUUUCGAUGCGUCGACCAUCGCAUCCGUGCACGCGGCGCUUCUUACCCUCGACAUUCGGUUUAUGCUCUACGCGCGGCUCAACACCACGUCGCCCCUGACGCUGCUGCAUACGCCGGUGCUGGACCUGCAAGACGCCAACUUUUGGUUUUUUGGCUACAUGUACCUCUACGACUGGGUGCUCGGGUAUCGCGAAGUCGUCUCGUUUCAGGGCGAUGUCGGAACGCUCACGUUGCUCUCGGACCUCCAGCCGGCGUUGCUCCAGCAAGUACCGACGGACCUUGUUACGACCAACGCCGCUGUCUACUGCCGUCUCGCCGUCUCGUACGUCUCGUGCGUCAUGCUUCUUGUUGCGACGCUUGCAACCGGCUACCUCGUCCGCUCGAGAAACCACGUCGAGGGCUUAAACAUGUUUGAGCUCUGCCGUGUGGGUGGUAUUGUUUGGGUGGGACGACCGCUCUUGCUGCUUCGGAGUCUCACGGCAGUCGCGCUUCUGUCGACAGUGUCGAUCGAUCUCGUCCGCGUCGGCUCGGUCUCGAUGUUUUAUACGGUGGCCACGCCAUGGCACAAGGUCGCUUUGGCCGCGACCGAAGUCACGUGGCUUUCGGCCAUUGUGACGGACCUUGGAUUGGUGGCGACGCAGACGUAUGCGAGCUACUACGUCACACUCAAUUCGGCGCUGGUGUGGGUCUCGGUGGCGACGCUAACGCUUUUCUCGCCCGUCACGGCGCAAAUGACGUUGGCGCGGCAGUGUGCCCUGGUUGAUGUCGACUUUGACGUGCGCUGCGACAGCGGGUCCUUGGGCAUCGGGUCGUUCCCGCGCUUCUUGCAGCUCGUUUUGCUUGUCGUGGCGUGGAACGUGCUGAGCUUUCUGGCCGUGCGGCGAUUGGUCGGGCCGCCGCCGGCUCUGGGCGUCCGCUCGCACCUCUUGUCGGCCAAUGCGAGGUACCUGUACAACCACUCGUUGCGAACGCACGGCGACGUCUACUACUUGGACCGUGCGUCGGCGGCCAUCGAUGGCAUCCUCACGCUCCGGCGACGUGAUUCGGUCGUCGCACUCGACCUCAAGCUCUGGCGCUGCUUCAUAACGCAUAUCGCAACAACAACGCACGCUCAGAAAGGAGGUCCUCGCGCCGACUUGACCGAUGCGUACCCUAUCAUGUACUAAGACUAUGCGUUAUCUCCAUGCACCAGAGACUUUGCGCAGUCGACUCGAGCAGUCCAAUGCCCCAUCAAUCAAAUGGCGCCUCCCGGACUCGAACCCGGUUUUAUCUAUUGAUCCACCAGCGUCUGAUCCGCUAGACUAUCUAAAGUCGGCAAGAACUAGCCCUUCUUGAC